UGAAGUAAUGUAGUAAUCACAUAGUCAAGCCAGCUAGCGAGCGCUAAUGACAUAUUAGAAAAUCAGUAGAGAGCUUGGAUUCCACCAACCCCCUGCAAAGUCCCCCAAAAUAGAGCUGUACGUGCCUUUUUAUAUCAAGAAUUAGUUUAUAGGGUUCAGGGCGGUACAGUUUUAUAUGGAUUUAGCAAACAGCUGCAGGAAAAAGGAAGUCAUAAUUAUGGUAGGCGGGGUUAUACUAAAAGGGAUGAUGCAAGGAGUUUAACUCCACAAAAGAUCCCAGUUCUAGCGUCACAGUCCGUGUCUCAGUGAGGGAAGAUGUUACUCUUGAUUGAACCUACAUCCCAUCUCCUUGUGCAGAACUUCUCCUAUUUCUCCUACUUCUCUAAACUCCAACAUUCAUACUGGUUUGUACCAAGAAUUGAGACCAUGGUUCUACUGAUCCUCUUUUCAGUCUCAGUGGUUGGCAACCUUGGUGCGCUUAUACUGGUCAUCCAAGAGAGGCGACGAGCUAACAACACCAUCUUGACCUUGAACCUUUUUCUCGCUGACCUUUUGUUUGUCAGCACUGUCCCUUUUGUCAUUACUGUGAGGUGGACCAAGGCAUGGAAACUGGGCUCUGCUGCCUGCUACUUGAUCAUGUACUUUAUCAGCAUGAGUGGCAUUGUUACCAUCACCACGCUGGCCGACAUCAGUAUUGAGAGACUGCUUGCAAUCUUGAAGAUGGAGACUACACCCAGCCUAAAUCCAAGAUGGAUACUUGGAGUGCUGCUUCUUAUCUGGUUCUUCUGUGCUGUUGCAAUGUUACCGCUCUCUCUGUUCUCCAGGGUGAUUCCAGUCAGCUCCUCUCAAGAGGGAGAAAUGCAUAUAUGUGCUCUGAUAUGGCCACAUUUAAUGGGCGAGGUUGUGUGGUGUGCUAUCUUAUUUGCAUUAGGCUUCCUGGUACCGGGUUGUAGCAUUGUAAUCAGUUACACCAAAAUCUUACAGAUCAAGCAGCGUUGCAAAAGGAAACUUCACACGACCACUUCACAAAGACAAGCACAGUCAAGUGCAGUGUCUAAACAGGACUUCAAACUUUUCCGUACACUCCUUAUUCUCAUGAUUUCCUUCUUCAUCAUGUGGAGUCCCAUCUUUAUCUUCACCUUUCUCAUUCUUACACACAACUUCCAAGUCCAUCUUCCCAUAACCUCCUCCAUGUUUGUGUGGGUGCUGACCUUUACCCUGGCUAACUAAGCCCUUAACCCUGUCCUCUACAGCCUCCAGCUGAGGCAUAAAUGGCAAAGGCUUUGCUGUGCAACAGCAGUCACACCAGCUCAAAGAGCUGCUACUCAGUAGGGAAUUAAC